AUGGAAGGCGAAGUCUCGAAAAUCAACAAGAGGCCCUUCUACUUUGUUUCGGAAGAGGAAUACCGCCUUUUGCAUCAACUGUGCACGAAAUCAUUCCCCGGCCAGGAUCUGUCAAUCCCGAACCUACGACGGUUAGCCUCCCAAACUCAGAACGCAACCGUCGGCACACCGGAUUUUGCGCCAACCCCCAGCACUGUAGAUGCCGAAGACGGUUCCGGAGAAGCCAGCUCAGAGGAUGCGAUUAGCCUUAGAGCAGGGCGGAGUGAUAUACCGCUGCCUGAGAUAGUCAAUAUCCACCAGGACCUUGGUUGUCUGAUUGUCGAUGGACAAGGCGAACACAGAUACGUUGGGCCUGACUCCGGACAUAGUUUCAAUACUGCCGUGAGGUCAUGGACCCUAAAUAUCUCCAACCUAACAGAUAAGGAGAUACUGUCUCCGAUGGUCAGAGUAACGGCGCCCGCGGCAUCGCCUCCGUCGGAAUCCCGAGCCCUAGCACAAAACCCGAAUAGCCUGCCUACAGAAGAUAUUGUUCAGUCUUGCGCAUCUCGAUACUUUGAAGAAGUACACUCUAUGUACUGGCUCUACUCUACCGAGGAGUUUUACACACGUCUAGAAGCUACAUAUUCCAGAUCUCGAACUCAACAGUCCGGUUCCUGGCUCUGUUCGCUGCACAGCAUUGUUGCCCUUGGAGCAUCAUCAAUACAGCUCCCUGAAAGCCCACACAAUGAAGAGCUGGGACGCAAAUCCCUCGAGGCGGCCAAGCUACUUGUCUCGACUGUAUGUGAUCAGAGCGAUCUUGACGGUGUGAGAGCUUAUAUUCUAUUGUCUCUUGCUCUUCAAUUCCAUGGAUACCUACAUCAGGCAUAUAUGUACGUUGGCAUCGCUACUCGAAUCGCAUUUUCCCUCGGCCUGCACCUAGACAAGUAUGCCACGAAACACAACGUCGUGUCCAAAACACAUGGCCGCCGUCUGUGGUGGAGCCUAUUUCUCUUUGACCACGACAUCUCGCUCCAAUUGGGCAAGCCUUCCAUGUCUGGGCCUACCUAUGCUUCCUGGAACCCGCCUCUACCGUCUGAAGAGAUAGUCGGCCCUGGAUCCUUUACACCAAAUGAGCAUCUCGAGCAUUGCGUCGGUCUAGCCCAGCUCGCCAAGGAAGUCCGACAUAAUCUAUACACGAGACCAAUCCACGAAGGCGUCCAACUUAGCCAGUCAAACUUUGAAGUCUCUUUGAAGUCCUUGAAGCAAUGGCUAGAUAUGCUCCCACAACAUUUACAUAUUGCGCCGUCGGUACCGCCGUUUCAUCGCAGAUUAGUCGCCAUGCUCCAUUUACGGUACUGGAGUACUGUCAUGCUCGUUACCCGGCCUUUCCUCCUCUGUAGCCUUUUGCGAGUGAACAGAUUGUCCGACGUGAAAAAGAGACAAUACAUUGACGAACUAGCGAGGAAGUGUGUUUCAGCAGCCCAGGCUUCGAUCGAGAUUUUUGAGGACAUGGUUCGCGAAAGCGUAGUUUCCAGUCUAGUUAUGAUGGAUUUUUUCUUCGCUUUACAGGUCGUCCAAGUCAUCCUCGCUGCUGCGGCUGUCUACUGUCCGGAGACGUACAAGGGCCAGGCGAAGAGAUGUAUCGCCAUCUUACGCGCAAUCGCCACAUCUGGUUAUCCGAAACAUCUUCUCCCGGAAACGAUUUUCCAAUUGCAGAGAGCGGGCGUAUUUGACGAUGCCCUGUUCUCUAGAGAGUUGCGCGACGGACUUCAUACGAGCAUCGAUGGUAGCUUGCAGAGAUACACAAGGGCUGUGGAGACUCCGGAUGUAGAGUCUGAUUGGCGCCUGCUGACCGACUUUGAUUUCUUCGAUGUUACAGUAGAGGAGGAUUUCAUGGACCAGCUCAUGCGAAUAUCGGACUGA